AUGUUCGAAGUCGAGGAGGCGCUUCUUAUUGGCCCUAUUGUCGCCGUUUUCCUUUUUAACUCUGGCCGUAUUCGUAAAGCCAUAGAGAUACUCAAAGAAUGCUUGGUUGUCCUUGAAGAAAAAGCUUUUAAAGAGGGAAACCAAUUGUUUAAACUAAUGUACGAAGAAUUACUAUUUGAAGUCUUCGAAUGGUACGUUUCAUUCAAUGAUUUUACAAAUGCGGUGGAAUGUGGUAGAGUGCUUCUGGUCCUAGCUUGCGAAAGUGGGAACAAAGAUCAAGAAGGGAGGGUUUACUUAAAGCUGGGGACAUUGCACUUGCUCCAUUGUAAAUAUCAAGAAGCAAAAACGUUCUAUGAGAAGGCACUGGGCAUCAUGAUAGCCACGGAAUCGAUUCUGGGAGAGGGAUCAUGCUACCUCAACUUAGGGGUUACUCUAAAUGCUCUGGGUGAGAAUGGCAAGGCUAAGGAUUAUCUUUUAAAGGCACUUGCAAUCUCAAAAAAUGUUGAGGCCAGACGAGGAGAAGCCGUCUGUUAUGGAAACUUGGGAAAUGUAUUCGCCUCUCUCGGUGAAUAUGCCAAGGCUAAAGAAAAUUACGAGAAGGGGAUUGCCGUCCGCCAGGAAAUCGGCUAUAGGGAAAACGAAGCUUUAUGUUACACAGGCUUAGGAAAUGUGUUUAUUUCCCUUGGUCAAUAUGACAAGGCCAAAGAACAUCUCGAAAAGGGACUUAAAAUCGCAGAAGAUAGUGGUGACAGGAAAACGCAAGCCUAUUGUUACAGAGACCUGGCAGGUUUAUUGAACGACAAUGCCAAGGCUAAAGAAUAUUUUGAAAAGGCACUUGCAAUCACAAAAGAGAUUGGAGACAAGGAAAAUGAAACCGCGUGUUAUUGUAAUUUGGGAACUGUGUUAUAUAAUCUCGGUAAACUGGCAAAAUCUAAAGAAUGUACCGAAAAAGCCCUCGCAACGGCAAAGGACAUUGGCAACAGGGCAAUAGAAGUCUCGUGUUACGAAAACUUAGGAACAGUUUUACAGGACCGCGGUGAAUAUGCAAAGGCUAAAGAUUAUUUCGAAAAAGCGCUUGCAAUUGCAAAAGAAAUGGGCGACAAGAAAAGCGUGGCCACAUCCUCUUUAUCUCUAGGAAUUUUGUUUAAACGUCUCGGUGACUACUCCAAGGCUAAAGAACAUUUAACAGAAGCACUUAGAGUGACCAAAAAAAUUGGCUGCCGGAAUGAGGAAGCAUUAUGUCAUGGUUCCUUGGGAGCAUUGUUUUGUCGUGCCUGUGAGAAGGCUCAGAAACAUUACGAAAACCAAUUACAGAUCGCAAAAGAAAUUGGUUGUAGGACAACAGAAGCGUCAGGUUAUCUAAACCUUGGAGGGUGUUCACGCGACCUUGGGGACUAUGCCAAGGCUAAAGAGUAUCUCGAAAAAGCGGUUUCUAUCACUGAAGAAAUUGCUGACAAAAAUGGAAGAGCUCUUUGUGGCGGAAUACUUGGAACCGUGCUUCAUUUUCUUGGUGAUUAUUCAAAGGCUAGAGAAUAUCACAAAAAAGCACUUUGCAUGAGUCAAGAGGCUGGAAACAUUUUCGUUGAAUUAGAUGUCGUUUCUGAAAUCGCAAUGACACUGGUGUUGGAAGGCAAACUGAAGGAAGCUUGCUCCUAUCUUUUGGAUUGUAUUGCCAAAUUCGAGGAUGUAAGAAGUUCCCUGAAAGAUAACAUCGAAAGCCAGUUAAAGAUAACAUUAUUUGACCAGCAUAUUCUCGAAUACCGCGUUUUAAGUUCCUUGUUUUGCAUUACAGGGAAACCUGUCGAAGGCCUUCAAGUUGCAGAGCUUGGACGAGCCAGAGCCCUCACAGAUUUAAUGUCAGUUCAGUACUCCUUAAAAAGCGAAGUAUCAGCAUUUGAACGAUUAUGGGCUGAUUUUGAAAAGUGCAUGAUCAAUGAAAGUAACUCUUCGUUUUUGUACAUUUCCUACUUUGCCAAUUCUCUAUUUUUGUGGCUUUUCAAUGGGGCAGGCGAACUGAUUCGCUUCCAAGAAGUCGAUGUCAAUAAAUGUCUCGCCAACAAUGCACCGGAAGUUAACAAACCAACACGAUUGGUGGACGACGUUUUUGAAACUAUAUGGUUUGGAAAGUUCCGUGCAGAAGACCACCAAGAGAAUGGCCAGCUGCAACCCAAUCCUACUCUUGCUGAGUGUUACAAGAUGUUUGUCGAACCCGUAGCUGACUGCCUUGAUGCAGCUGAAAUCAUUAUUGUUCCCGAUCGCUGCUUGUUUAAAGUUCCGUUUGCAGCGUUGGAGGAUGAAAGAGGUAAAUACUUAUCCGAGUCCUUCAGGAUCCGCAUCAUUCCCUCUCUGUUGACCCUCAAGCUCGUUCAAGACACCCCGGCAGACAAUCACAACCAAACUGGAGCACUGAUUGUAGGAGACCCUGAUGUUGGUCUGGUGCGCAACAAGCGAGGCAAAAAAAUCCAGCCACAUCCACUUCCUCGUGCAAGGGAGGAAGCAGAGAUAAUUGGUAAGCUACUCCAAGUUCAACCUUUGCUAGGAGAGAAAGCAACCAAGCAGGCGGUUAUUCAAAGCAUUAAUUCUGUCAGCCUCAUUCAUUUCGCUUGUCAUGGUGACGAACAACUUGGAGAAAUCAUUCUUGCUCCUCUACACCCUGUUUAUUCGAAAUCAGGAGAAGAGAAAAAACCAAGAGAAGAAGAGAUACCGAGAGAGGAAGACUACAUAUUGACAAUGGCCGACAUCUCACAAGUUCGACUUCAAGCAAAAUUGGUUGUCCUUAGCUGUUGCCACAGUGCAAGUGGACACGUCAGUGCCGAGGGAGUUGUUGGAAUUGCUCAUGCGUUCCUGGGAUCUGGUGCACGUUCAGUGUUGGUGGCACUGUGGGCCAUAGACGACGAAGCAACAAAGCAGUUCAUGAGUCGUUUCUACGAGCACCUUGUUAGUGGGAAAAGUGCCAGUGAAUCUCUUCACCAGGCCAUGAAGUGGAUGAGAGAAAACGGCUAUUCCAAAGUGGGGCAAUGGGCACCAUUUAUGCUGAUUGGAGAUAACGUAACACUUGAUUUCAGAAAAUAA